AUGAAGACGGGGAGACAGAUUGUCGGACCUCGUAAAUUUGGACGUUUUUUAAAAACUUUUAGCGACUUUUUUUUGUUAUGUUUUAGUACCUUUUCAGAUGUGUUUGGCCAAUAUUCUUCUUUUUUGAUUUCAAAAACUGAAUUCCUGCUUUCAAAUAGUUUAAAAUUACUGUACUCAUUACGAGGGCAGGUUUGAAUUUGAUUUGAAUUUAGAAUACGUCUUCUUCUUCGUAAUUCCGACAGAGAUUCCUUCGAAAAAGUCAUUUUCAGCCGAAUAACUCGGAAGAGGUGAAAUACGUGCCGACCGGGUCGGCCCCGGGCUCCCCCCUGUACAUCAACGUGCGCUGCAGCCGCGACGGCGGUCCGGUCCGCAUCUUCGACACCAACUCCGUCCCUCCAGCCCCCACCGGCCCCACCGAGAAGGUCUACAUCGGCAGAUUCGACGGCACUCAAGAGCGAUAA